GAUCUCUCCGCCUUCCCCAGACCAGACCCGCCCACAGAACCCAACCCAAUAGACACACUGACUCGAGGAAACAAGCGAAGACCUCCUCCUCCUCCUCCUGCUCCUCUUUCUCCAUAAACAAGAGAAUUAUAUAUAUAUAUAUAUAUAUAUAUAUAUAUAAAGAUAGAAAAAAAAAAUAAAUAAAUAAAAAAUAUAUAUAUAUAUUAGCCCAAAACCCCAGAAGCCCUCGGAGACUCCGUCGAUCAGCCGGGGAGUUGGGAUCUGAGUACCGACGGACGGUGAGAGUCGGAGAAGAUGUACAAGAACCAGCUGCAAGAGCUGGCGCAGCGUAGCUGCUUCAACUUGCCGUCCUACACCUGUAUCAGAGAAGGCCCAGACCAUGCGCCGCGCUUCAAGGCCACGGUGAACUUCAAUGGUGAGGUUUUCGAGAGUCCCGGCUUCUGCACCACGCUCCGUCAGGCCGAGCACUCUGCCGCCGAGAUCGCUCUCAAUGCCCUAUCCUCCCGUGGCCCCUCGCACUCCCUUGCCGCCCGCAUCUUGGAUGAAACAGGUGUUUACAAGAACCUUUUACAGGAAAUUGCACAGAGGGUUGGAGCACCAUUACCUUCAUACACAACCUACAGAUCUGGUCUUGGACACCUGCCAGUAUUCACAGGCAUAGUCGAACUUGCUGGGAUCACCUUCAAAGGUGAGCCAGCUAAGAGUAAGAAGCAGGCAGAGAAGAAUGCAGCCAUGGCAGCAUGGUCUUCCUUGAAGCAAUUGGCACGCGAAGCAGCAAGCUCAUCAGUGGAGCCAGAGAAUAACGAUGAGCAGGAGCAGAUCACCAUAGCCCGAGCUCUACUGAACUACCGGCUUAAGGAAAAGAUGGCUAUGGCAAAUGACCCCAACGCCACAACAUUACCCAUGAAGUUCAUGAUGCAGCCGGAUAAAAAGCCAUCAUCCAUCCAGCCACCUCCGACUGAAUCAAAGAUCCUAUCCCUUAUUCGACCAAAAUCAGCUCAAAGAAUCCGGCCCACCUCUCCAGUAUCAUCUCAUAAUGCCGUUUGGCCCUUGGUGUCGCAACCUGAUAUUCGUGGGAGUCGGCCACACAAAUUCCCUGCGGCUGGAGCGGCUCCUUACAUCCCUGUGCAGCACCUCAGAAGACCUUACCAUGCCAUGGCUCCCCCAGUGACUAUUAGGACUGCAGUACCAGUUUACUCAGCACCACCACUCCCACCACCAGCCAGGCAUCAACUUAGGCCUGUUGUGACCCCUCCAGUGAGAAUGGCUUCACCUGUUCGCAUUAGGCCGAUUGUGCCAGUUUUUGCCGCUCCACCUCAAUCUCCGGCUGUGAUUCCAGCUCAGGUAAAGGAGCCUCUACCUCAAUCUCCAGCUGUGAUUCCAGCUCAAAUAAAGGAGUCUCUACCUCAACUUUCUCCUGAGGUAACUCCAACAAUCAAGGUGCAGAGGGCAACUCGAACUCCAACCCUCAAGGAUGAGAAGAACAUGAACAAUGAACUUGACGAAAUGCACAGAUCUGCGGUAAUGCAAUGUGUGAAGGAACUUGCAAUAUAGAUGGCAUCUUGAGUUCAAGGAUCCUUGAGAAGGCAUCCAUGUCUGUUUUAUUUUCUUCACCUUCGGCACCAGUCUAUUCCGGUUGGUUGGGGUUGAGGUGGUUUUUUUUUUGGUCUCAGCUAUAUGGAAUUUGAGUAGGCUACAAUUGUUCCAGUAUCUUAGCUUUGAUUCAUAGAAGUAAAAUUGCAGCGGUAGGCAAUUCAAAUGAAUGCAGAUAUCCGGCAUCUAGGAGUUAUUUUUGCUUAUUUGGCUUAAAGAUAUGGAAAUGGGAUAUAUUUUUUUUUCCUUCAGCUUUAGGCAAUUGUGUGGCUAUGUUCGUGUAUGACCUAAUGCAGGUUCUAGGAGGAAAACAGUCCAGUGUAGAUAUAUGUUAACAGUUGGGCUGCCUUUUCUCUACUUCUUAUCCCUGUUCAUCAAGAAAUAAUAAUCCAUGUUUGAUGUU